AUGUGUUUGAAAUCUCCAAUUUUAGAAUCAGAUUUUAGUAUAUAUUCAGAUUUUAUAAAUGUUGACACAUUACCUUCAGAACUGAAAUUGUGGAAAAGAAAAUGGAUUGCUUUCAAAGAUGUAGAUCGUCCACAUACAACUGUAGAAGCAUUAAAUUAUUGUAAUCCUGAACUUUUUCCAAAUAUCCAUUUUUUAUUAAAAGUACUAGCUACACUACCGGUUUCUACAGCAACUCCCGAACGAACUUUUUCGACAUUAAAACGCGUCAAGACAUUUUUACGGAACUCUACGGGACAAGAAAGACUAACUGGACUAGCUCUAUUAAGUGUCCAUAGAGAUGUUACGGUUAAUCCCGAUGAAGUGUUAAACCAGUUUGCUCUUCAAAAAGAUAGGAACAUAUUAUUAGUUUAA